GCGGCAGGCAGCCCGCCACUCGCGAUAACUCGCGUUUGGUCAGCAGCAGCAGGGCGGAAAAGGCGGGAGAAGACUGCCGCUUCCGCGUCCGCGCAGCACGGGCAGAAGAGCACUGGGGCAAAAUGGACGAUAAGUUAAUAUUGGCUGUAUUUAACUGCCCGGAGCUGUACAAUGUCACUCUGCCGAAUUACCGCUGCACAGAAAGUAGGGCAAAUGCUUGGAGAAACAUUGGUUUGAUACUUGGUAUUUCAUCUGAGGACUGUAAAAGAAAAUGGAAGAACAUGAGAGACAGGUAUCUGAAGGAAGUCAGAAUGGAGAACAAAAGCAAGAAACAAGGAGAGGUCUUUCAAAGCAGAUGGAAAUACAGACAACUCAUGAAUUUUAUUGCACCCUUCGCUGGAUCAAGAAGCGGAAACCCAGAUAUCACGGGCAACAAUGACGAUGACCACGACAAUCUUGACAUGGAAUCUAGCAGCCCGGGAGCAGAAACCACAUCGUCAGAGGCAGUCAAGACGCGCAGACCCACGGGAAGUCUGUGAGUCAAGAUAUCAAGCCGCAGGUCGCGUUUGUGACACAUAGUCCAUCGAUACAUCAAGACUCACAGAUUGCCCAGCUGGCUGUUAUGACUAAGAUGUCAUCAGGCUCCUCCUUCAUAAACAAAACAGGUCGAAAACGAGGCCUCAUGCCAGACUCACACUCACUUAAUUCUUCUCAAUCAUCCCCUACAAAGUGGCUGGUAAAAGACAAUGGUGCGUCGUUCUCCAACAGGCCGCGCGACGAGGAUGAACUGUUUCUGCUGAGCUUUGUACCCGCUCUGAAGCGUCUCGCUCCACAGAAAAGAUGCGAGACAAAAAUGAAGAUCCAGCAAAUAAUGUAUGAAGCAGAGUUUAACGUUACACAUCCUGAACCGCGUGAGAAACAAGCAGAAUCAGACACUCAGGAAUAGUCCAAACGGACACUUUUUUCCAUCUGUUUCUGAUUUCUAGAAACAUCUUUCACACAAUAUUCAUGCCAUGUUCUUUGUUUUUUAUAUCCUUUUUUUUCAUGUGAAAUAAUGGAGUGAAGAAAGACUACAUUUACUCUGUUUCUCAACAGAGCUGUCAGUAAAUGUUUGAACACCACACUGAUUUGGUGGGUCACUUGAGGCUUAUUUGAAGAAAGAAAUAUUUAUAGAUUUACACAUAAAUAGGACAACACACAGGAUCUGAUUAACAUCUGUAUUUACAUAGGUUCACAUAGCGUCAAUAGAGUGAAUUCACACCACUGCUCAUUUCUACUAUGUAAUAAUAUACAGUAUUUGAGAUUUUAAUUACAGUAAAAUACAGAAAUUAAAGACUUUCUGGAUUUGAAAGGAACACUUUCAUAAAUUAAUCUUACAACUGUUAACAUGCAAGAAA